UUCAUGCGAGUGUGUUGAUGUUAGUGGACUCGGUACACUCCUGUCUCGAGUGGCUGUUUUAGCUGACUUUAUCAGAAAAGGAAGUGGCGGACACCGGUUCUGCUGUCGACAUGGAUCUCGCCUCCAGGGAUUCGUACAUCCAGAAGCUCGCCAGCAAAGUGUUUUCUCAACAUGAGCAGGAGCCGAAGAGGAAACCGUUCGUGUAUUUCAAGGGUAAAAGUGACACCGGUCCUCCACAGAAGAAGAAAAAGUGUAAGAAGAAACAUUUUAAAGAGAAAGGCGCCGAUGAGAAGAAACCGAAUCCUAAAUCCCAACAGAAGCCCCCCCCCUCUCCUGCGGCACCCAAAGUGAACGGGUCCAAAGCUCCGAGCAUCACUGCACCUCGAGAGUCCAACUUCUCCGCAGUCGAUCUUCUACGCAAGAGACUUCAUGAAAAGAUCGAAGCGUCCAGAGGGCAGGGAGCCCCGAAGGACUCGGCGUCGGAGGCCGUCCAGGCAAAGCGAGCGAAAAGAAAGCUGGAGCGUGAGCGCAAGAAGAGGAAGAGGAAAGAGUUCCAGCUGAAGAAGGCGGCCGAGGAAAAAGCCAAAGAGGAGCAGAAGCAGCCGGAGGUGAAAAAGGAAGCGCAGCGCGCCCCGGCGGCCGCGAGCAAAAGAAACGAGACGGCCAUCGUGUUCAACAAGGUGGAGACGGUGGACAAGGGAUACGUCGACAAGAUCCAGAAGAAGAAGAACAAGAAGCUGAGCAUGAAGGGCAAGCUGACGCCGCUCGUGGGGAAGAACUACAAGCAGCUGCUCGGCCGCGUGGAGGCGCGCAAGGCGAAGCUGGAAGAGCUGCGGGAGACGGACGGGGAGAAGGCCCGCGUGCUGGAGGAGAAGAUGAAGUGGACCAACGUGCUCUACAAGGCCGAGGGCCUCAAGAUCAAAGACGACGAGGCCAUGCUGCAGUCGUCGCUGAAGAAGAAGGAGAAGAGGCACCAGCGGCGGCAGAAGGAGUGGGGCGAUCGCAGCGAGAACGUGGUCGACAAGAUGCAGCGGCGCCAGGACAAGAGGCGGAGGAACAUCCAGAAGCACACCAAGGUGAAGACGGAGAAGAAGAAGGACAGGCUGAGGAAGAGGGGCAGGGUGCUGCCCGAGGACUUGAAAAGAGCAAAUGUGUAGAAGAAGAAAAACGUAAAUCGUCGGCGAUGUUUGAAUGUGUUUUUUUUCUUCUCUGGCAGUUUUAUUUCAUUUCAUGAUGCGACGGCGUUGCUCGUACCGUCUCGAGGAGUAACGUGAUGCGUGUAAUGUCAAUAAAAUGCGAUUUUUAUGAUGA